AUGGAUUCUCCAUCUCGCUAUCUCUGCUCCGUCAGCAUCCGACCGGCCGAUCGACCGAACCCUCUCCGGCGCCACGAUUCCGGUAAACGACCUCCGGCCACCGGAACCGGCGUCCGGCCGUACGUGAGGUCGAAGCUGCCCCGACUGAGGUGGACGCAAGAUCUCCACCAGAGCUUCGUAAGGGCCGUGGAUCGACUCGGAGGAGAAGAUAGGGCAACUCCAAAAAUGGUGCUUGAGUUGAUGAAUGUGAAAGGGCUAUCGAUAACACACGUCAAGAGUCACCUACAGAUGUACAGGAGCAUGAAGCAUGAGCAGAUUAUGCAGGAAUCUCUAGUUGAAAUGAGCAAGAAAGUUCAAGCCACUUCACUUCAAAAUCAGCUAAAUCAUCCUCACCGUACUUCAGGGUUACUCACCCUAAGUCCUUUUCGACCCGAUUCAGCUCGCCAAGCCCUCGACAUUCGUGCAAUAAGGCACGAGGAGGAAGCAAAGCCGAUUGGAAUAAGCGCAGAAAAUGGGCGUAGAUGCAAUGGCUCGGUUAUUUUUAACGAUUUAUUCAGAAGCUGCAAACCACAAGCUAUCGACUAUGCCAAUGCUGACGAGGCAAAGUACACAAAAUAUCAUGCAAACAUUAGUAGCAACACGAGUAAUCGUUCGAUUCGAGUUUCCUCAGGAGAAUGCACGUGUUUUAUGGACUCGAAUGAUGUUUCGCUAGAGCUAACUCUUGGUUAG